AUGGCAAAGAGUGAUGAAGAAAAGUUAAUGUUGGUCAUGAACAAGAUGCAAAUGAAGGAGGCUUUCAAGAACGUCUUUAUGGUGACCAACCAAUGUUUUGAAGCAUGUGCAACCAACUUUAGAUUAAGAAAGCUCGACAAUGACGAAGAACUCUGCAUCUACAAAUGUAUCGACAAGAAUGAAAAGUUUACCAUGGUACUCGCCAACCACUUUGCCAAAGUCUCUCAAACUGAGGGAUUCAUGUAA